AUGGACUCCCUUCCCACAAAACAAAAUCUUGCACGACGGAAGAUUCUGGUGGACGUGACUUGCUCCCUGUGCGAGGAUUAUCCAGAAACACUCUUGCAUGCAUUAUGGCUGUGUGAUCAAGCCAAGUCGGUUUGGAAAUCAGAGUCUAGAUUUUCUGGUUUGUAUCGGAAAGCCCACAGGAGCUUCGCGGACUUGCUAGACUCUGUUUUUCAGCAAGGCUCUGUUUUCUCUGUUGCUCUCUUCUCAACAAUUACCUGGAGUCUUUGGCAGCGCAGAAACAAGCUGCGUGAACGCCAACCCACGUGGCCCAUUCAGGAGAUAGGUCGAAGAGCAAAGGAGCUGGUUAUGGAGUUCUUCGAGGUUCACCAGCGACCUCCGAACGCAGUGCAACAUGUUCCUCGUGUCAAGUGGUCACCGCCAGCAGAGGGUGGAUACAAAGCUAAUUUUGAUGCGGCUUUUUUUGAGAGUAGUGAGCUUGCUGGAAUUGGGGUGGUGGUUCGGGACAGUUCUGGUAAUGUCAUGGGAGCGUUGAGUCAAAAAAUUUCUAGACCCCAGUCCGUGGAGCAUGCUGAAGCCCUGGCCGCCUGUAGAGCUGUGAUCUUGGUGAAAGAAUUAUUGCUCACUCAAGCGUGUUUUGAAGGUGAUUGCCAACGGGUGAUUCAAGCCAUCAAUGCAGGUGGUCCCAACCAUACACUUUUUAGCCAUAUUAUUGAAGAGAUUUGCAAUUUCAGCUCAUCUUUAGCAAGUUGUUCCUUUGUUCAUGUUCGUAGAGAGGGUAAUAAAUUGGCACAUGCCCUAGCUAGAAGAGCAGUUUUAUCUGCAGACACUGAUGUAUGGGUAGAAGAGCUACCCAAUGACUUGGAUGAUGUAUUUCGCUUUGAUUUAGUUCAAUAA